AUGGCCAGACGAGGAAAGAGGAAGAGGAAGCAAGACCCAGACACCCAUCUCCCAAAUCAAACUGAACAUGUUGCUGUCAAAGCUGGGGAUGAGGUUCUUUCUGAGAUAAAGGGUGAGGACAGUUUGGGGAAUACUCAAAAGGAAGAAAAAGCUGAAGGGGUUGGUGUUGGUGUGAAGCAGAAGAAGAAGCCUGGAAGGAAGAGUAAGAAGGGUUUGGUGGGGAAUGGAGAUGGGGGUCUAAAGGGGGUUGUUGGUUUUGGUGGUGGAGAGAUUGCUGUGAGGACUUUGAGGAAGAGGCCUGAACGGAACAAGAAGGUUGGAGAUAUGGAGGCAGCCGGAAAUGGGGAGAAAGGUAAGGAGAAUGGUGCUAAGUCUGUGAAGAAGCGUGGCGGGGAAGGUAGGAAAAAGGUGGAAAUUGCGAAGGAAGAAGGGAAGAAAGGUGAAUUAGAAGUGAAGGGUGACACCAAACGCGGUAGGAAGCGUGCGAAAACUGAAGAAGGUGGGAAUAAGGUAAAGGUACGUUGUUCAUUUAGGCGUCUGAGGGAGCAAGGACAUCUAUCAGCGGAGGAGCGUAAAAAGUGGAUUGAGGAGGUGUCCAUGAUGUGCCACCAAUGUCAGAGGAGUGAUAAGGGAAGCGUUGUUCGAUGCAAAAAGUGCAAGACAAAGCGAUAUUGUGUUCCUUGCAUAGAGAAUUGGUAUCCACAUACGUCAGAGGAUGCCAUCGCUGGGGCUUGUCCUUUUUGCUGUGGAAAUUGCAACUGCAAAGCAUGCUUGCGCUUAGAUAUACCUGUUAAGAAUUUGAAGAACCAAGAAUUAGUACUUGACAAAAAUGUAAGAGUUGAGCACUCUAAGUACUUAAUUCAUGCACUGCUUCCAUCCUUGAAAAUAAUUCUUGAUGAACAAAAGAGUGAGAUGGCAGAGGAGGCAAGGAGCAAAGGAAUAUCUGACUCUGAGCUCCAGAUACCAAAGUCUGAUUGCACUGCUGAUGUUCGUGUAUAUUGCAACAACUGCAGAACUUCUAUUUUUGAUUAUCACAGAAGCUGUCCUAAAUGUUCAUAUGACCUCUGCCUCCUUUGUUGCCUGGAGAUUCGAGAAGGAAAAUUACAGUUAGGUACGGAGGAAGUGACUCUGGAGUAUGUUUCUCAGGGCCUACCAUACUUGCAUGGUGGAGAGGAAGCGAAAAACAAAAACGGAAAGGAAAAGAGAAAUAGGAAUGCUGUGGAGCCACCCACUGAAACUGGCCCCAAAACUUCUGGAAGGCGAAUAUUUGAGUGGAAAUCAGAUGAAGAUGGAAUCAUCCUUUGCCCCCCAGAGGACAUGGGAGGUUGUGGUGUUGGUAAGUUAGAAUUGAAAUGCAUCUUUUCUAAAAAUUAUGUCGAAGAGUUGGUAAAGAAAGCAGAAGUGAUAGAUGAAACUUACAAACUAGUGUAUACAAGUGGAACUUCUGCAGAGAGGUGUCCAUGUCUCAACUCUGUGGACGAUGUCAAUAUAAAUAUCAAUACGUCAAGAAAAGCAGCUUCUCGAGACAAUUCUGAGGACAACUAUCUGUACUGUGCAAGGGCUGGAGAUAUUAAAGUAGAGGAUGUAAAGCAUUUCCAGUGGCAUUGGAUCAAGGGUGAGCCUGUUAUCAUUAGCAAUGCACUUGAAACUGGAUCGGGUUUAAGUUGGGAACCAUUGGUCAUGUGGCGUGCUUGUCGUCAGAUGCAACAUACUAAGCAUGGUAAACAUUUGAACGUCAAAGCAAUAGAUUGCUUGGAUUGGUGUGAGGCGGAGGUCAAUAUCCACUGGUUUUUUACUGGAUACUUGAAGGGAUGGUUUGAUCAAGAGCAUUGGCCUCAGAUAUUGAAACUGAAAGACUGGCCACCAACUAAUUUAUUUGAGGAGCGCCUUCCUCGUCAUGGUGCUGAGUUCAUUAGUUGUCUACCAUUUAAGGAAUAUACUCAUCCUCGCAAUGGUCCUCUGAACCUUUUUGCCAAAUUACCUUCAGAAUGUGUAAAACCAGACAUGGGACCAAAGACAUAUAUUGCUUAUGGUUUUUCCCAGGAGCUUGGACGUGGAGAUUCUGUAACCAAGCUUCAUUGUGACAUGUCUGAUGCGGUGAAUAUUUUGACACAUACCACUGAAGUGAAUCUUACUCCGGAGCAACUUACUAUCAUUGAAAAGUUGAAAAAGAAGCAUGCUAUUCAAGACCGAAGAGAAAUUUUUGGCAAUUGUCAGAUUGUUGGUGAUAAUAUUGAUAGUGACAAGGCUGGUGGUGAUUCUUUCUUCAGUGCUGCUGAUGAUAAACAAACUUUUAAUGAAGUUGAAAAGUCAGAUGUCACUGAGGGAGGUGCUUUAUGGGACAUAUUCCGUAGACAGGAUGUUCCUAAGCUGCAGGAGUAUCUCAUGAAGCAUUUCAAGGAAUUCAGGCACAUACACUGUUGCCCAGUGCAGCAGGUUGUCCAUCCCAUAUAUGAUCAGACAUUUUAUCUUACAGUGGAGCACAAAAAGAAGCUUAAAGAGGAAUAUGGAAUCGAACCGUGGACAUUCAUUCAAAAACUUGGAGAUGCUGUCUUUAUUCCUGCAGGAUGUCCGCAUCAAGUUAGGAAUUUGAAGAGCUGCAUGAAAGUAUUGCCAGAGUUUCUCACUGCUAGUGCUGCUAGUAUGGCUUGGCAGGAUAGUAAUGGCCAAUUCCUUGUCAGAAAGUGUAAGGCCAAUUUAGAUUAUGAAUCACAUAGAACAAGAGAAAACAAGAGAAUAGGAGAGUACUGGAGCCAGGUUGAUAUUACUCACAUUUCCAUAAUUCUUCAAGGGAUUGCAAACUUGGAAUCAAUGGCAGAAAUUAUGGCUGUUGCUCCGCAUAGAAAAACAGUGUCCAGGAUCAUUACACAGCUGUACAACUGA